AUUCAUUUUUGUAUUUUAGGAAAGUGUAUUUCCCACCGUGUAGUGAGUACAGGUAUCAGUAAACAACUAUCUUCAGCCUUCAGCAGCAGGACGGUCGGUCACCUGGUGGUUGAAAACAUUAUAAUGGCAUCUUCAAGUACAGGAGAGGGAAGCAGCAGUAGCAGCAUGAAUCAGACUCAGAUCGCUCAGCGCUCGUGGGAGAUGGCCAACAGCAUGGAGUCUGUUAACGCUGCAGAUGAAAUAUAUCAAUAUGACCGCAAACAACAGCAGGACAUUCUUCAAGCUAAACCCUGGGAAAAGGAUCCACACUUCUUCAAGCAGAUCAAGAUAUCUGCACUGGCUCUCUUAAAGAUGGUGAUGCAUGCUCGAUCAGGUGGAACUCUAGAGGUGAUGGGUCUGAUGCUGGGUAAGGUAGAUGGCCCAACAAUGAUUGUGAUGGACUCCUUUGCUCUUCCUGUUGAGGGCACCGAGACAAGAGUCAAUGCUCAAGCACAGGCUUAUGAAUACAUGACUGCUUAUGUAGAGGCUGCUAAAGAGGUUGGGCGUCAAGAAAACGUGAUUGGCUGGUACCACAGUCACCCGGGCUAUGGCUGCUGGUUAUCUGGCAUAGAUGUGUCCACUCAGAUGCUAAAUCAAAAUUAUCAAGAGCCAUUUGUGGCAAUUGUAAUUGACCCAAUUCGCACCAUCAGCUCAGGCAAAGUUAAUAUUGGAGCUUUUAGGACCUACCCUAAGGGUUACAAACCACCAGAUGAGGGACCUUCGGAGUACCAGACAAUCCCCUUGAAUAAGAUAGAAGAUUUUGGUGUCCACUGCAAGCAGUAUUACUCAUUAGAUAUUUCUUACUUUAAGUCAUCCCUCGAUAAGAAGUUGCUGGAUUCACUGUGGAAUAAAUACUGGGUUAAUACUCUCAGCUCUUCGUCACUUAUUACUAAUGCAGAGUACAUGACUCGUCAGAUCUUUGAUCUGAGUGACAAACUCGAAAAUUCAGAAACUGCCCUUGGCCGUUCUGGUCUGUUUGGAUUAGAUCCCCAGGAAAAGAAAACAGAAGACAAACUGAGCCGAGUGACACGAGAUUCUUGCAAGACUACCAUGGAAGCUCUUCAUGGUCUUAUGGCUCAGGUUGUUAAAGAUAGACUUUUUAAUCAAAUACCACAAGCUCAAUGUCAGACAAAAGACACUGCUCAGCCACCUACACAGCCACAGGCCUAGACACAAGAAGCAGUAUUCUAGUACAGUAUCUCCAGAAGUCUUUCACUAUGAAUGCAAGAAGAUGGAAUUUUCACUUCAGUCUUGAAAUUUAUGAAAAACAUAAUAUGGCUAAAGCAGAGAGACAACACAAUAGCCAGUUUGUGAGAGCAUCAUGGUCAGUCAGGAGAAUAACAACAGGUAUGCCCACCAUUAUUCUAAAUACUAUGUACCGUAUAUGUAUGAUGUCUUGCACAUUUCAGUCUAUGAUAUAUUGAAAAUACUUUAUGGCAUUUUGUAGUAAUUGUUUGAAGUUGAGUUCUAUUAUAAAGACUUAGCUUUUCCUGUGUUACUGGUAUUUGUAAUGUGAUGGAUCAUAUUAAAUGAAAUAAAUAUUGUAACUGAAA